AUGACGACGAAAACGACCACCAUGCAACGCGGGUGGUCUCGUGGGUCUUAUUUUUUAACGAAGACGACGACACCGCGGGGAAGUCAUCGUCGUCAUCAUCACGAACACGUUGGAUUUCGUUUCCCCCAUCACGCGCAACGAACACAAUCGAACGCGUCCGCGUUCGCGGCGAAGAAGAAGACUACCACGACGAACGCGACGACGUCCUCCUCAAAAAGCAACGACGACGACACCAACAACAAAAGCGACGAACGACAUGAAAAGAAAAAACGAGAGAACAUCGAAGCUGCGCACCACGGCCACGUGUCCGUCCUUUUGAGCGAAGUGUUGGACGCGUUUAAACCGGUGAAGAUUCAGACGCACAUCGACGGGACUUUAGGCGCCGGUGGGCACGCGACGAAAGUUUUAGAGCAACACAAAGAGGAAGUGAAAACGUUCGUCGGGUUUGACGUGGACGAGACGGCGAUUGAAAUCGCGAGACCGAGAGUAGAGAGGAGUUUAGGUGUAGACGAUGCGAGCGGCGGCGAGAAGAAGAGUAACGACGGCGGCGUCGCGUUGCACUUCGUGCGAAACAACUUUGACCAGAUGCGCGCGGCGUUGCGAGAUAUCGGCGUGGACGGUGCGGAUUCGAUUUUGUUAGAUUUAGGGGUUUCGUCUAUGCAUUUAGAUCGAGCGGAGAGAGGAUUUUCGUUUCAGAACGACGGGCCGUUAGAUAUGCGGAUGUGCGGCGGUACAACGAGCGCGUCGUCGUCUUCGUCGUCGUCGUCGUCUUUGACCGCGUUCGACGUCGUCAACGGAUGGUCCGAGGAAGAUUUAGGUCGCAUCUUUCGCGAUUACGGCGGCGAAAGACAUUGGAAACUCCUCGCGAAACGCGUCUGCGAACGACGAAUGGAAAAACCAAUCGAAACGACUUUAGAACUGGUCAAAGCUUUAGGCAACCCGCCGGGGAAGCGCGAAAAAAUCCACCCGGCGACGCGCGCGUUCCAAGCCGUGCGAAUAGUCACCAACGACGAACUCGGUGUCAUCGAACGCGUGAUACCUCAAGCCAUCGAGGUCCUCAAUCCGGGUGGUCGUUUAGCCAUAAUCACCUUUCACUCGUUGGAAGACGCCAUAGUGAAAAAACAGUUCCGAAAAUUCGCCGGCGUUCCGGAAUCGCGAGAACCGACGGUUGGGAGAAGCGCGAUGAUGUUCCUCCCGCCGGAGGAGUUUGACGAUGCUUCGUCGUCAAACCCCUCGUCGUCACCGAAAAUAGUCAAAAUGAUCAACCGGAAACCAAUCGGCGCUUCGGAGGAGGAAAUUAAAGUCAACGCGAGGAGUCGGAGCGCGAAGUUACGCGUGGUUGAAAAAUUAUAA